AAUUUGAUUUUCUGUCUCCGAAGAUGAAUUCUAAAAAAACUUUAGUUAGGUUAAAUUUGGAUGUUGAUUAAAAAGCAAAACUCUAAAACUCAACAAAUGAAAUGCUUUUUUUGUUGUCUUCAUUGGGAAUUGUAGUUUAUGGAUCCACAGUAAUCAAGGACAAAUGACUCCUAUCAGAAUCUUAGAUGUUUUCGGAGGAAAAAGAAGCACAAAACAAAAAACACUCCAAAUCUUGUCACAGCGAGUUGUGGGUUGGACAGAUUCACAGCAGGAAAUAAACUAGAGAAAUCCUCAACCUGCGCGCAGUCAUCCAUGCGCCGGACUCGAAAUGCCCGCUGCAACUUCUGACACCAGCAAAAUCACUGACUAUGAGGCGGCGACAUCUUUCCUCGGAGAAUGGGGACCUUUCCAGCAGCGGACGUUUUUCCUCCUCUGCCUGAGCUUCAUCCCUAACGGACUCACUGCGCUGUCUGUGGUGUUUCUGGCCGGCACGCCGGAUCACCGCUGCGCGCUGCCCGCGCACCUGAACCUCAGCGCCGCCUGGAGGAACAGCAGCAUCCCGCUGGAGGAGGAUGCGACCCGGGACGGCGCUUUGGUGCCCAGCAAGUGCUCCAGAUACAAAGUGGAAUAUUUAUUAAAUUACUCGGAGAGAGGCUUUUUGCCCGGAUUGGACGUUAAUCUGUCCAACGUGCCGAAAGAAAGCUGCCUGGACGGAUGGGAGUUUGACCACAGCGUGUAUACAUCUACUAUUGUCUCCGAGUGGAACCUGGUUUGUGAUGAAAGCUGGAAGAAGCCUCUCACUUCUUCUUUGUUUUUUGGUGGCAUUCUUGCUGGCUCCUUCGUUUCAGGACAGCUCUCCGACAGAUUUGGGAGGAAAAUGGUGAUGUUUGGUACCAUAGGACUACAAGUAGUCACAACACUGAUUCAGGUUUUUUCUUCAAGCUGGAUCAUGUUUGUCGUCUUGUAUUUUCUACUUGGAGUGGAACAAAUUUCCAAUUACUUGGUUGCAUUUGUUCUAGGAGCAGAAAUUUUAGGUCCGCAGGUCCGAACAUUUUUCUCCACUGCUGGAGUGUGUCUUUUCUUCGCGGUGGGCUACACACUCCUACCCUUGCUCGCGUUCUUUGUGAGAGACUGGCGGAUGCUUCAGGUGGGCUUCAUGUUGGCAGGCUGCGUUUGUUUGCCCCUCUUCUGGUUCAUCCCAGAGUCUCCUCGCUGGUUGCUUUCCCAGGGUAGAGUCGAGGAAGCCGAGGUCAUCAUCCGGAACGCUGCCAAGAUGAACAGGAUUGAAUCUCCACCCGUCAUCUUUAGACCUCUAAAGAAUGAAGGCAGGACUGAAGAGACGAGGGUGCACAACAUCUGUGACCUUCUUCGCUCUCCAAACAUCCGAUGGCUCUCUGUCACGCUGUGGCUGGUCUGGAACACCCUCACCAUCGCCUACUACGCUCUUUCCCUGAACACGGCGAACCUCCAUGGAAAUCCGUUCAUCAACUGUUUCCUGUCUGCUGUGAUCGAGAUCCCAGCCUACGCUUUGUCGUGGGUUAUGUUCCGCUGGUGCUCCAGACGACUCAGCCAUUUCUCAGCACUUUUUGCAGGAGGAUUCUUUAUAUUCAUCAUACAGUUCAUACCACGACACCUGGUUGCUCUGUCCAUAACGUUUGAGAUGUUGGGGAAGUUUGCGGUGUCCACUGCCUUUGCCGUUGUCUACGCCUACACAGCAGAGCUGUACCCCACUGUGCUGAGGAACACGGCUGUCGGCACCUGCUCCACGGCCUCCAGAAUUGGCAGCAUUGUUGCUCCAUACUUCAUUUACUUACGAACCUACUCUGUGUCCCUGCCGUACAUCGUAGUGGGAAGCCUCACAGCUUUGACUGGUCUGCUGAGUCUGCUUCUCCCUGAGAGCUUUGGGAUGCCUCUCCCUGACACCAUCAGCCAAAUGCAAAGCUUUCCGGGAUGUUGCCAGAAAAGACGUUACGUCCUCACCAGCACUAAAGAAGAGGAAAACGCUGCUGAAGAAAAGUCUCUAGCCAGACAGCUGUAAAUUCUGUGGAGUAGAAACUGCACAGAAAAGAUGCAAAAGAACAAAGAUUCAGGAUAUGGAAAUCUGCUGUUCUAUACAUAAACAAUGGGUUUACUUAAAGAGUCUCUAAUUCUGAGGUUGCACUGGACACUUUUGUUAAAAAAGACAAAAGAACAGUCCUUUCUAAAUCCUUUUUCCUCUCUUUCGUUAUAUAUAGAGAACCCAACUGUCUAUGUUGUAGUGAUGAACUCAGGGAGAACUAAGGAUGAUGUUUCCUUAACUUCACAAAUUUUAAGACACAGAAACGUUUAACAUAAACAGCAAUAAAACUAUUGAGGAAGGUGGGACGUCAAAUGUAAUUCAGAAAAAAUUACUAGUGGAAGUGUUAAAAAAAACCUGAUUUUAAAGCUGAACCAGCAACACUCAGUCACAGAGGGCUGCCUGGUAACACAACUGGUUCUGAGGCUUCAGUUUUUUGGAUGCAGGGACAUUUGGUCCUGUGGUGAAAAAAAAGACAAGUGAGCAAAAGCAAGAUGAAUUCAUCAAAUGACACACACACACCCACACACGCACACACACACAUCCACACACACCUACACACACACACACACACACACACACACACACACACACGCCCAUAUUUCUGUGAAGGUUGCAGCCAACAUUUAGAGGUGGAGCAGCAUGCUAAUAGUUUUUUACAUCACACCUUGUGCUCCAGCGCCAUCCACUGGUUGAUUGUCAUCAUUACAUAUUAUCGACCGUGUGAUGCAAAUUUGUUAAGUUACAAAUGUCUAAAUAAAAAAGCAAUUUUGUUA